AAAAUCAAAUAUCCGCAAAAAAAGCAAUCAGACCCACGUCACCGAAUCCACUUUUGUACAAAUGCUCACCACGUCAGCUUUCUCAUUACGUCCCCUGCCUCCUCUGCAAUUCUCUCUCUCGCUCUCUCGUUCUCUCUCUCUCUCUAAACUCCUCCCUCCGUUUAGAUCUCGUCAACCAUUACCGUCCCGCGCUCACACAAUGAUGAACUCCUCCUCCACCGCCUCCUCCAAAACCCUAACCCCGGACGGCGGAGAUCGCCAGCGGUCCCAACAAAACGUCGUCGUGAUGCGACACGGCGAUCGAAUAGACAAUUUUGAGCCCCUGUGGGCGGCGUCGGCGGCGAGGCCGUGGGACCCCCCUCUCGUAGAAGCCGGCAAGGUCCGCGCCUUCUGCACCGGCCGGAAGCUCCGGACUUACCUAGGGUUUCCGAUCCACCGGGUCCUCGUCUCGCCGUUCCUCCGCUGCAUUCAGACCGCCUCAGAGGUGGUCACCGCCCUCUGCGCCGUCGACGGCGAUACCCUCGUGAAUAGUGACGGCGUCAAAAUUGAUCCCUCCAAGAUCAAGGUCUCCGUUGAGUACGGAUUGUGUGAGAUGUUGAACCGGGAAGCCAUAAGAGCUGGUAUGGCUCCUAAAGAUGGAAAUUUUGAUUUUAAGAUCUCGGAGCUUGCAGCUUUGUUGCCAGCUGGGACACUGGAUAAAUCUGUCGAACGAGUCUAUAAAGAGUUGCCACAAUGGGAAGAGACUGUGAUUGGUGCAAGGACUAGGUAUGAGCAGAUUAUUAAAGCCCUUGCAGAUAAAUUCCCUUCGGAAAACUUGCUGCUUGUCACACAUGGGGAAGGGGUUGGAGUUUCAGUUUCUGCGUUUUUGAAAGAUACUACCGUAUAUGAAGUAGAAUACUGUGCAUACUCACACUUGAAAAGAUCCAUCUCCUUUGGCGAAAACCGGUCAUUUACUGCUGGGGAUUUUGAGGUGUUUACUAGCAAUGGUAAAACUGGUAUAAGUUAUUACCCCUCGGGUGCCAUCUCCGAUGAGACUUUGAAUCAGCCGGACGUUGUGUAAACUCUUUCCUUCCCUGCGCCCCAUUUUUUUGGCAUGUUUGCCUGAACCUCAGAUAUAUCCUUUGGAAAUUUAUAAUAUACUUGCUGAUGCUCAUUGAAUUUACUCAUUAGUAUGUUUUUGGUUCUUCACAUCAUGAAAGGAAUUGUUUUCUAUUUGAAUGCUAA